AAAAAGAAAACAGACAGCAGGUCCUCAUCAGCAAACAAGUUAAAUGACGGAGGUUAUAAAAUAUUCAUAAACUUUAAUCACGUAAAAAUAUAGAAGCAGGAAGUUUCAGUAAACUGGAAGUGUGAAGAUAUUCUGAUUAAUAUCAUUCUGUUGCGCCUGCAGAGGAGAGCGGACUCGUUUACGCUGAGAAACCUGAAAAAAAACUGGAAGGAACUUCUGACCUUCAAAUCUCCUUCAGAAUCACAACAACAACAACAACAACAACAACAACAACAACAACAACAACAACAACAACAUGCCUGAAGUCGACGUAACGUACGCUGACGUGAAGUUCACAACGCCGAAGUCCAGAGGUGAUGUUGCAGCAGAGGACGUCACCUACUCUGAGGUGAAGAUCUCUAACAAACAGCAAUCAGCAAACAUCCAACAGUCUGGGUCCAGCAGGAGGUCAAAGGUCACCCCAGAGUGUCUGGUUCUGCUGGCUCUCGUUGUUCUGUUGGCAGCGGCUCUCAUCGCUCUCGGAGUCACCUUCAUUCAGACCAGUCAGACUCCACAAACCCUGAAAGAAGACCAAGAAAAUCUGAGGAAAAAUCUUUCAGAUAUAAAACCUGGGAGUACAACUUCUGCACCAACAUGUCCAACAUGUCCAUCCUGUCCUCCACCUCCUGCAGUAAAAAAUCUGACAUGUCUGAAGUGUGAACCAGGCUGGGAGAAACAUGGAGGAAACUGUUAUUAUUUCUCCACCACUAAAUCCUCCUGGAUUAACAGCAGAAGUUCCUGCGUUGAUCGUGGAUCAGACCUGGUGAAGAUCGACAGCAGAGAGGAGCAGACGUUCCUGGAUGGCAGACUGAAAGACUUGAUGGAGAAAGAUGAGGACAAGUUCUGGAUCGGACUGACGGACUCGGUGGAAGAAGGAAAAUGGUUCUGGGUGGACGGAUCUCCUCUGGAUGAAAGUUUGAGAUUUUGGUGUCAGAAUCAGCCUGAUGACUGGAAACAAGAGAAUCCAGCUGGAGAAGAUUGUGUGAGGAUGGGAGAGAAAGGAGGAACUCGGACAUGUUGGCUUGAUAAAACCUGCAAUGCUUCUCAUAAUUGUAUCUGUGAGAAACCAGCAGCUCCACGUUAUCCCUGUGUCUGAAGUUCAGCUCAGUCUAUAAAACAAUCUGAGAACAGAACCAAGAACCUGCAGACAUUCUGGUUCUCUAAACAUCUAAACUUUUCUUCCAGCUUCAUUGAAAGAUGAAAUUAAUCUUUUUAAUCAUUAUUUCUAUCAGCUUUAGUUGUUUUCUGCUCUGCAGCAACAAACCACCAAGAGAAAAACUCAGAAACUGAGUUACAAACAGGAACCUGGAAGAACCUGCAGCAGAACUUUUCCAUCAGUUUAACAGAGGAUUUAUUUCUGCUUCUGGUUCUAACGGUUCUGGAUCCCACAUGUGACUCGGGUCAGAACAUUUCUGAGGCUCUGCAGCUUCUGAUGAUCCAUCAUAGAGAGCAGAACAUGUGGAAAACCAGAACCUCUCUACUGGUUUGACUGGUUCAGAUCCUCCUUACCAGCAGCUAAAACUGAAUCAGUUCAUGUUCACAGUUCACCUCCUGGACAUCUGGAACUAAAACUCCCAACAUAAAGUAGUUCCUGUUGUUUCAUUAGUUUAUGUUGCAUAUGAAGCUUUGCAUGAUGUCGUAUGGAUGAUGGUUUCUGCAUCAUGACUCAUCAUGUUUCCAUGUAGAAAAUAAAGAUCAGAUCCUCCAUCAGAGCUCCAGCUUUCAGGUUAUCAGCUCAAAGCAGCAGCUGUUCAUGUAGCCGUCAGGAUCAUGAAUAAACUUUUCAA